ACAGGGAAUUGUGGGUACAACAUAAGUUGAAAAUGGCCGCGCCUACGUGCAAAAUGGCUGCUCGUCCUUUACGGGGAUUUCUAACAUGUAUUUCAGGGACCUAUUUGCGGAAUAAUGUCAAUCGCAGACUGUCACUCACCAUCCCAUGCUCCAGCGUUUUAAUAGCCAAAAAGCCUGAAAUAAACGCUGUAUCUCCGUGGACGCUCCACGGGGCAGUUUGUCUGCAAAGACUGCCUAUACUUUCUCAAGAUCGGAGCCCAAUUGAAGAACAGUUUGAUGAAUUAAUGAAUCAGAUGGAAUUGGAAAGAAGUCUUCUGUCAGAGCAUGAGCUGCGCCUGUUGGAAGACGCGGAACGUAUGAGCCGUAAGCAGGCGGAGGAUUAUGACUCUGAUGAUGAGUACUUUCUUGACCAAGACGUCAUUACAGCUCAAGAUAUGGAAGACUCCUGGGAGCAGAGGCUUCAGAAGUUCCAGCCUGCGCCAAGGCACAAAGAUGAAGUUGAUAUGGACAUGAGCUCUGUGGACCGUUGCCUGGGAGACAGUCUGGUUCUGUUGGCAAAGCAGCAGGUUGGCGGCGAGGAGUUGUGGCUACUGCCGCAGCUACAGUGGCAGGCUGGAGAGACCCUCCGCCAGACGGCCGAGCGCAGCCUGGCCAGCCUGCCAGGUGAUUAUAAGGGGAGGUUCCUCGGCAACACACCCUGCGGAGUCUACAAGUAUAAAUUUCCCAAGGCCAUCCGAACGGAGCUCUCUGUCGGAGCCAAGGUGUUUUUCUUCAAGGCCUUGCUCUCCAGCCGUGGUUCUUCACCCCCUGAAUCAGGGGCCUUUGUGUGGGUGAGGAAGGGUGAACUGCACAAUUACCUCAAGCCACAGUACUUAAAGCAGGUGAAUGGCUGCAUCAUUGAUAUUUAAGACACUGGAGUACAGAAGGAAGUGGGUACCUGGAUUACCAAUUCUGUGAACUUGCUGAAAUAAAAUAACACUUUUCAAAGCA